UCUGCAGGCUUGGCAGAGGACAGGAGGCAGGCCUGGGGAGCCUGGGAAGGGCUGGCUGACAGUUCUAUGGGCCCUCCCCUCCUCCACAGUCCCACCCCCAGCCUGAGGCCUCUGGGAGCCCUGGUCCUGAGCAGCCAAUACACCAGCCCAGACGGCUGCAAGUCACCAUGGACGCUGAAGGCCUGGCACUGCUGCUGCCGCCCGUCACCCUGGCAGCCCUGGUGGACAGCUGGCUCCGAGAGGACUGCCCAGGGCUCAACUACGCAGCCUUGGUCAGCGGGGCAGGCCCCUCGCAGGCGGUGCUGUGGGCCAAAUCCCCUGGGGUACUGGCAGGGCAGCCUUUUUUCGAUGCCAUCUUUACCCAACUCAACUGCCAAGUCUCCUGGUUCCUCCCUGAGGGAUCGAAGCUGGUGCCGGUGGCCAGAGUGGCCGAGGUCCGGGGCCCUGCCCACAGCCUGCUGCUGGGGGAACGGGUGGCCCUCAACAUGCUGGCCCGCUGCAGUGGCAUUGCCAGUGCUGCCACCGCUGCAGUGGAGGCUGCCAGGGGGGCCGGCUGGACUGGGCACGUGGCCGGCACAAGGAAGACCACACCAGGCUUCCGGCUGGUGGAGAAGUACGGGCUCCUGGUGGGCGGGGCCGCCUCGCACCGCUACGACCUGGGAGGACUGGUGAUGGUGAAGGACAACCAUGUGGUGGCCGCCGGUGGUGUGGAGAAGCAGGCGGUGCGGGCUGCCCGGCAGGCAGCCGACUUCGCUCUGAAAGUGGAGGUGGAAUGCAGCAGCCUGCAGGAGGCCGUGCAGGCGGCUGAGGCGGGUGCCGACCUUGUCCUGCUGGACAACUUCAAGCCGAAGGAGCUGCACCCCACGGCUGCCGCGCUGAAGGCCCAGUUCCCAAGUGUGGCGGUGGAAGCCAGUGGGGGCAUCACCCUGGACAACCUCCCUCAGUUCUGCGGGCCGCACAUAGAUGUCAUCUCCAUGGGGAUGCUGACCCAGGCGGCCCCAGCCCUUGAUUUCUCCCUCAAGCUGUUUGCCAAAGAGGCGGCUCCAGUGCCCAAAAUCCACUGGUCCUAAACAGGAAGAGGAUGACACCAGCCAUGGGUUAACGUGGCUCACCAGGACCCUCCAGAUCACACAUCUCUUUUUUUUUUUUUUUUUUUUUUUUUGAGACCGAGUCUCGCUCUGUCGCCCAGGCUG